CACCUGCACUGCACAUUGCGGCAUGUUUAAAACACCAGCAUAACAAAUCGGACCAAUAAUUGUUUUUUUCUUCUUCUCAGUUUUGACAGUUUAAGUUCUAGUUGGAGAUGCAGAUGGAGAAGUAAGACCGCGUCUACGAUAGCUGGGAUAAUUGCCUGUUUGUGCCUCACGUCAGUCAGACUCCGUUGCUCAUUAUGUUCCACCAGUUGACGGAUCAAACAAUGAAUGGCAGCUGCCAGGGACCCAACUCAGCGUGCAAUUACAGUGCUAAUGGAGACGCGCUCCAGCUGCCCACUUUCUCCACCGCGGCCAAAGUCAGAGUCAUCAUCACCUUCACUCUGUGCGCGGUGUCAGCUGUGUGCAACUUGGUUGUACUGUGGGCUGCCGGCAACGGCGGCAAGCGCAAGUCGCACGUCAGGAUCCUCAUAAUGAACCUGACUGUGGCGGACCUGCUGGUGACUUUCAUCGUGAUGCCCGUGGACGCAGUGUGGAACAUCACGGUACAGUGGCAGGCUGGAGAUGUCGCCUGCAGGCUGCUGAUGUUCAUGAAACUGGUGGCGAUGUACUCCUGCGCUUUUGUAACUGUGGUCAUUAGCUUGGAUAGGCAGUCUGCCAUUCUCAAUCCUCUGGGCAUCAGUGAGGCCAAAAGGAAAAGCAAAAUCAUGUUGACUGUGGCCUGGACAAUGAGUGUAAUCCUCUCGCUCCCUCAGAUGUUUAUAUUUCACAAUGUGACCAUCACAGUCCCGGAGAACUUCACCCAGUGCACCACCCACGGCAGCUUUGUCCAGCACUGGCAGGAGACCCUCUACAACAUGUUCACCUUUGUGUGCCUCUUCCUCCUGCCUUUGGUCAUCAUGAUCUUCUGUUACACACGAAUCCUCAUUGAGAUAUCCAGCCGCAGUAACUUGCUGUCGAGAGAUGUUCAUCUACGCCGCUCCCACAACAACAUCCCUAAAGCUCGGAUGAGGACUCUUAAGAUGAGCAUCGUCAUCGUGACGUCAUUCAUUGUCUGCUGGACCCCGUACUACCUGCUAGGCCUGUGGUACUGGUUAUUUCCUGAAAAAAUGGAGGAAACGGUCUCUCAUUCACUGACGCAUAUGCUGUUUAUCUUUGGCCUCUUCAGCGCUUGUCUAGACCCCAUCACGUAUGGUCUGUUUACCAUUCAUCUUCACCAGGGUCUUGUUGCUAGAUGCUGUCCGACUUCAAGCACACGGACUGAAUUAGAAAACACAAUUUGCCUUGCACACAUGACUCGUCAGUCAUCUCACAGGCGGAUUGCCUCAAGUGGCCACAAUACAGACACCGAGGAAGGAAACGACAACAACAGCUCAAAAAGUGGCUCAAGGCCAAUCAUGCCAGUAAGCAAGAUGUAAUGGCUUAAAUUAUUUUAAUACAGGGACCAAGUGUGCACACAUCCAAAAAAUACUUCACUGCAGGGCACAAUGGAGGUCUGCACCUUGUCUGGAAACUGUUAGUCUCCAAAUAGAUAGUUUAUUUCUAUUUUUCUAUUUUCUUUUUUUUGUGUGGCAUUUUUAGACCUUUAUUUGACAGGAAAGCUAAGACUUGAAAGGGGAGAGAGAAGGAGAACAACAUGCAGCAAAGGGUCGCAGGCCGGAACCGAACCCGUGGCCGCCGUGGUGAGGACUGAGCCUCUGCACAUGGGGUGCACGCUCCACCAGGUGAGCUACCCAGGCGCCCCCUAUUUUUAAGGCAACUUUCGAUUUACCUGAGAAGGAUCUUGUAGAUCCAAAGGUUGCCUUGAAAAGAGAAAAAGAGAAAAAAAAUGAUUUAUUUGGAGCCGAACAGUGUGCAGACCUCCGUUGUGGCCCGCAGUUAAAGAAUUCCACUGAAAAGAAUCUCUGCUCUUAAUCAGUGAUGAGCUUAGUCUUUCUCCAGAGAUGACAGGUAGUUCAAUUAUGUUGCCAUAAAAUGAUGAAGCUCCAUACAAAUCAAGUGUUCUUUUGUCAGACGAAUCUGUUCGUUUUUGUUGCACUGAUGUAAUGGACAGUGUAUUAGAGCUCUGCCCUGGUAUGUUCAU